CUAAGACUCGCUCUGAAGACAAGGUUUUGGUUACCUCAAGUAAUGACAUGGCUUCUGCAAGGUGGUGGAAGAGCCAGAUGUGGAAGAAACUGCCACUAAUCGCCAUCGGUAUGUUACUUUCUUUUGUCCUUUGGGAAACUGUUUUAAACAGGCGAUCCUUGCCUGAUCUCAAAAUACCACCGCAGUUCUCUUUAGACCUGCCUGGCUGCUUGGCUAUCAUCAAUGGAGACAUAGCGGGGAAGAAAGGCGAAUUAGAAGUGCUUCUGGCAUCCAGGAAAAGACAGAGUCUUUUAUCUGAGGACUUCUACCUUAAUGUGACAAAGGACUGUCCAUCUUACAUUGAAAAGAGAGGUUUCAUUACAGCGCCUCUCAGUGAGGAGGAAAAUAAUUUUCCCAUUGCCUACUCCAUGGUGAUCCAUGAGAAGAUUGAGAUGUUUGAGCGACUCCUACGAGCUGUUUAUAAUCCUCAGAACAUCUACUGUGUGCAUGUGGACCAGAAAGCCACUAAAGAAUUCCAGAAGGCCGUGGAGGCUAUUCUUUCCUGCUUUCCAAAUGUGUUGGUAGCCAGUAGAUUAGAAAGAGUGGUAUAUGCCUCAUGGUCCCGAGUGCAGGCCGAUUUGAACUGCAUAAAAGAUCUGCUGAACUCACGGGUCCAGUGGAUGUACCUGCUUAACACCUGUGGGACAGACUUCCCCAUCAAAACCAAUAGAGAAAUGGUUCAGGCACUGAAGGCCCUCAACGGGAGAAACAGCAUGGAGUCUGAGGUAACCAAUGACUACAAGAAAGGCCGGUGGCAGUAUCAUCACAAUGUGACUACUACUGUCAUCAGGACAGACGUGAAGAAAAGUCCCCCACCCAAUAGCAACCCCAUGUUCACAGGAAAUGCCUACAUUGUGGCCAGCAGAGCCUUUGUGGUACAUGUGAUGCAGGACAGAGAAGCUCAGCAGUUUGCGGAGUGGGAGCAGGACACGUACAGCCCUGAUGAGCACUUCUGGGCCACUCUACAGCGAAUGCCCUCUGUUCCUGGAUCAAUGCCUGCUAACAUCAAGUAUGAUACGUCAGACAUGCAAGCCUUCGCUCGCGUGGUGAAGUGGAGCUAUCUAGCAGGAGAUGUGAGAAAUGGAGCCCCGUACUCUCCUUGCACAGGUGGAUACAGAAGAGCAGUUUGUGUGUACGGAGCAGGUGACAUCUCGUGGCUCUUGAGACAACAUCAACUCUUUGCAAAUAAGUUUGAUCCUGAGGUGGAUGAUAUUGCUAUUAGAUGUAUAGAGUCAGUUCUGCAUUUUAAAGCUUUAGGCCAUGACCCACUGGAAACAGAUUAAUAUUCCACAUUUUUUUCCUUGAAAUGUAAAAUGUAUUUUAAAUUUCAAAGUUGGUACUUAGGGCAGGUAUAUUUAUAAACCAUAAUAGCGUAUUCAAUAUUGUCCAAAAUGUUUGAUUGAAAUAUCUUUAUAUAUUUUGUAUUCAUUUUUAUUUGAUCUAUCUUGCAAAGGGGUUUUUAUUAUUCUGUGGCUGUUAAUGUUAUUAUCAGUAUGUUAUCUAUAACAUGAAUUCUUAAAUUAUUGAACAUACAUACAAAUGAUAUCCAUCUUGUUACUGUGGCAAAGCUUGUACUUAAUGGAAUAAAAACAUACAAAAGGA